AUUCAAGAACUGGUUCUGCGACAACAGCAAGGAGGGGUAGAAUCCCUGUGGGUAAAGCCCCUGGGAAUGUUGACCCUGAGGGUGAUGCCAAGGUAGCUUUCUAGCAUGACUAUUUCACUAUAGCAUGUAGACUGCUGGCUUACAAGUUUAGUCACUGUACAACCAUGCAUACAAAUACUGUUUUUAAUACGCUGUAAAACAAAUAUUUCUAGCAUUUUGAAUUCUCUCAAAGACAUCACAAAAGAAAUUCAAAAUGUUAGUUUGUUUUGAAAUUAUGAAAAUUGCAUAUUUCAACAGUGAUAAACCCAAUUGGGCAAAUCAUUUGCUAAAUUUUAGGCAAGAGCUGGUAAUUUUUACUGCUUUUAGACUUCAACUUCUCAAAUUUCCAUUGAAUAAUGUCUGAAGAGAUGUUUCUGAAAUAUUUUGGCAAGGCAAGUGCCCCACUUACCUCAUCCAUGGGAAUUACUGGUUUUACCUAAAUGUGCAUUAAUAAAGUGGAAGUGCUGGAAUCACAUUUUAUUGUAUUUUUACUGAAAGGCUUGUUUAAUACCAUGAGAUAAAAAAUGUAACAGUCGACUAUUUGAGAAGGAAAUCUAGUCGUUGUUAUCGCUCAUUGUGUUCACUGGAAUUUCAAAUUCUCUAUUGUUGAUCUGAUUUGAAAUACAUGUAUUGGGAAGACACUGAUAAUGUUCAAAAGCAGGAACAUUUUGUUACUUACCCCAUGUUUUUUUUGUUUUCCUUACAUGUAUUAUUCGCUCAUCAUUAAAUUCUUGAUAACAGAAACAAUUUCAAAUUCAACCUUUUGCUUGAUCUCAAGGUCUUUUUUCCCUAUUUUAGUCAAAACAUAUUGAUUUGAUGGCAGUCAGUGAAGAUAAGUUUAAGGGAAAUGUUUAUGCUUUGAUAUCCUUUCCUUAUUUUAAAUUGAUUUAAAUGACAAGAGUUUGUAUUUUUGGAAAUUUUCUGUUUCUCUUCAGUAGUAUCAGUUUAUAAAUCAUACUAAGCCUCAGACUGAACAUUCAAGUGGAAAAGAUGUCUCAAAUUGCGAAACACAUUUGGGUGAUUAUGGUGUUGAUGUUUGAAGUUUCAUCAUGUCAUGAUAAAAACAGAAAAGACCUAAUGCAGUAUGGAAAUGCUGGCAGAGAAUGUUGUAGCAUAUGUAAAUGUGAAAAUGAAUCUGUUGAUUGUGAUAAACUAACUAGUCUACCGACAGAUUGUCUACCAAAUAUAAGAAGAAUAUAAGAAUGUGCUAAAUGACUAUGAGCUAGGAAGGCUCUAUGGACAAUUACAAGAGUUGAAUAUAGGGGAUAACAACAUUUCUACUUUAGGAAAAAAUACUUUUGAUGGGCUAAACAAUUUAACAUGCCUCAGCAUGUUUGACAAUAAGUAUUUGGCUGACAAAGUGGAUCCUCUAGUAUUUAGCCCCCUCUUUAACAUAAGAGAGGUGUACGUCUGGGGAAAUGGAAAUGAUGAAAAUCUUUACAGAAACCGCUUUGUGUCAAGAACUUGGAUUGAUACAUUAAAAGGAUUGGAAAAUUCCUCAAUUGAAUCGAUAGAUUUUAGAAAUAUGGAUAUGAGUCCUGUAACUGUGACAAAGAGGGAUUUUUGGUACUUGAGAAAUUCCCCAAUCAAGAGACUUGUGCUUCGUAAUUUGGCAAUUGUUGAAACGGAUAUUGAAUUCUUUGAAUAUAUACCAAAGGUUCAAAGUAUGGACCUGUCAAGAAAUACAAUACAAAUGACUCUAGACUUCAGAAAGAUUUUUCUACUAUUUUUUAAACUUGUACAUUUGAAAGAAUUUAUAUUUUCACAAAACAGUAGACAAAUGGAGGAAACAGGCUCAUCUGAAAUCCUUUCAAAAGAUACUGCUGAAACUACAAUUUUUUCCUUGCCAAACCUUGUAAGAUUUGAAUUAGGUGACUCGGUUAUUACCAAAAAACCCUACUUUUUAAGCUAUGGAGUUAAAUUUCAUAGAGAUAAUGCAUUAAAAUAUAUUUUGAUUUCACAUGUGAAACUUUUACAACGUUUGGGGCCAGUUAUUGGGCUUGUCCAUUUGGAGGUCGUUAAUUUUAGGGACAAUGACUGCACUUGGUUCCCUUCAACAUUUUCUUGUGCUAAUGACGCAUUUGAAUCUAUUGAAUAUUUGGAUAUAUCCCACAAUCAGUUUGAGAUUCC